AGGACGUCACUUCCUGUUUCUUUAGGGGAACGUGGCUUUCCCCACAGCGCCCGUCUUCACUUCUGCGUCUCUGCUGCAGCUGCCGGAGCUGGAGUUGGACCCCGAGUGCAGCCUUGCCAUGGACUCGGCCCUCAGCGACCCGCAUAACGGCAGUGUCGAGGCAGGCGGCCCAACCAACGGCACGACGCGGCCGCCUUCCACGCCCGAGGGCAUCGCGCUGGCCUAUGGCAGCCUCCUGCUCAUGGCGCUGCUGCCCAUCUUCUUCGGCGCCCUGCGCUCCGUGCGCUGCGCCCGCGGCAAGAAUGCCUCGGACAUGCCCGAGACCAUCACCAGCCGGGACGCUGCCCGGUUCCCCAUCAUCGCCAGCUGCACGCUCUUGGGGCUCUACCUCUUUUUCAAAAUAUUCUCCCAGGAGUACAUCAACCUCUUGCUGUCCAUGUAUUUCUUCGUGCUGGGAAUCCUGGCCCUGUCCCACACCAUCAGCCCCUUCAUGAAUAAGUUUUUUCCAGCCAACUUCCCAAAUCGACAGUACCAGCUGCUCUUCACCCAGGGCUCUGGGGAGAACAAGGAAGAGAUCAUCAAUUAUGAGUUUGACACCAAGGACCUGGUGUGCCUGGGCCUGAGCAGCAUCGUUGGCGUCUGGUACCUGCUGAGAAAGCACUGGAUUGCCAACAACCUCUUCGGCCUGGCCUUUUCCCUUAACGGGGUGGAGCUCCUGCACCUGAACAACGUCAGCACCGGCUGCAUCCUGCUGGGCGGGCUCUUCAUCUACGAUAUCUUCUGGGUAUUUGGCACCAAUGUGAUGGUGACAGUGGCCAAGUCCUUUGAGGCACCAAUAAAAUUGGUGUUUCCCCAGGAUCUGCUGGAGAAGGGCCUGGAAGCGGACAAUUUUGCCAUGCUGGGACUCGGAGACAUCGUCAUUCCAGGAAUCUUCAUCGCCUUGCUGCUGCGUUUUGACAUCAGCUUGAAGAAGAACACGCACACCUACUUCUACACCAGCUUUGCAGCCUACAUCUUCGGCCUGGGCCUGACCAUCUUCAUCAUGCACAUCUUCAAACAUGCCCAGCCUGCGCUCCUGUACCUGGUCCCCGCCUGCAUCGGCUUUCCUGUCCUGGUGGCACUGGCCAAGGGAGAAGUGACAGAGAUGUUCAGCUACGAGUCCUCAGCGGAAAUCCUGCCUCAUACCCCGAGGCUCACCCACUUCCCCACAGUCUCGGGCUCCCCAGCCAGCCUGGCGGACUCCAUGCAGCAGAAGCUAGCUGGCCCUCGCCGCCGGCGCCCGCAGAAUCCCAGCGCCAUUUAUGAGGAGUCAAAUCCUAAGGAUCCAGCAGCAGUGACAGAAUCCAAAGAGGGAACAGAGGCCUCAACAUCGAAGGGGCUGGAGAAGAAGGAGAAAUGAUGCGGCUGGUGCCUGACCCUCUGAGGGCCAGACACACGGGCGGGGUGGUCCCCCCCACACGGGCCCGCACGGCCGCAGUCCUGCUGAAGGGGACCGGCAGCUCCAGGAGAGGGGCAGGGGCAGCAGGCUCCCUCCAACGGGACCUCCGGGGCCUGGUUCCCUCUCCCCCUUCUCUGGCCUCGCUCUGCCCCUCCCCAUCCCUGCCCACAAAGGAAGCCCCAACUGCCCCCACCCCCCCGCAAGGUGCCAGGUGGGAAAAGUGGGUCUGAUUUUUAGACUUUUGUAUUGUGGACUGACUUUGCCUCACAUUAAAAAUUCAUCCCAUUG